AUGGAUAAGAAGAAGAAGCUGAAGCAUAUCGGGAACAAAGCAAAGGAGGAAUCCACCAUGGAGAAGAAGAAGAAUCACAAGAGCAAGAACAUUCACGAGAUCCUCCCUGUUGAGCUUAUUCACAGAAUCCUACUGCAGGUGCCGAUCAGACAUCUCGCUCGCCUCAGGCUUCCCUAUGGCUUUAGGCUUCCCUACAGUGCCCGCCUGUAUGGAUUUGGUUAUGAUGCAUCCCGGGAUGAUUACUUAGUUGUUGUAGCUUGGAUCGAGUGGGAAAGGCGAGAUCACUUGGAUUGCUUGUCCUUGAGAACCAAUUCAUGGAUUAAUCUUGAUGUUGCACUUCCCGAAUCCUUGCGUGUUUUUGAGUACCCGUCUUGUGGGUUGUUCUUGAAUGGUGCUAUUCAUUGGGUGCCUUUCCCUGUUAAAGCUUACAGUGAUGCUAUUCUUAUCUUUGAUCUGAAGGAAAGGACCUUUUCAACCAUAUCUGCGCCGGAACACCUGCCAUGCUCCUAUCCAGGUCUCGCCCUACUAGGAGGCUGCCUAGCCUUAUAUUAUUACAAUAAUGAUAGCGAUAAAACUGAGAUAUGGGUGAUGAAAGAAUAUAAAGUGCAUUCAUCUUGGACUCUCUAUCAGAUUCCUUGUGGAAACUUCCGGCCUUUGUGCUUAUCCAAUAAUGGUGAUAUUAUUGGAGAACAAUUUAUUUUGGAUAAAGAAGAAAAGAAAAAGUUUCUCAUAUAUAAUGUGGGAGGACAGCUGCUCCCACGUGUUAAAUAUCCUUGUUUUGUACAUAACAUCAGUGUAACCGAUGCUAUGUAUACAGAGAGUCUCUUGACACUUCCAAGUGACAUUAAGGAUAACAAGAAGAAGAAAAGGAAAACGAACAUCAAGUUCACCAUCAAGUUUAGCAUCACCAAAGAUCCAAACAAAGAAAGAAGAUGAGGAGCCAACAUACAACUGAACAACUUGGGGAGAACAUUUGAGAAGUGCAAAUGAAGUUUAGUCUCUUUUUAAAUCCAGUAUAUCUUUUGAAUCAAAUCUAAUAGUAAUAUUUCUUAGUUGGUUAUGCAAAACUUUAUAGGUUUUAUUUUGCAGAUUACAUAAUAUACUUCUUUUAAUCUUACCUUUAUCGUGGUUGUUUUUAGAAGUUCACUAGCAAAUGAUGGCAAACCCAGAAACAGAAAAUUACAGUAUGAGAGUUGUUUUAUUUUGAGUAUAUAAACUUGCUGCACCUUGUAUGUCAAACCAGUAAUCGACGGCAUUUGGUGCCUCCAGAGGGGCUUACUUGAACAUGUUUUGAAAGGAUAAGUACUCUAUAAAUAGUUUCGCCUGCACUCUCUGUCUCUCUAUUUGAUAUAAAGAUGAAGUACCUUUUUCGGCAUUUAUUCAUUUUGUUGUCUUAUGUUACUUUAGCCUCAAUUUUAUCAUUUCAAAAUCUU